GCUGAAAUGAAAAACCCUGCAUCGGUUUGAGCUCGCAGAUUUUAGCCGGCGCCGCAGCGGAGUGUGGCGGCGUAUUUUUGGUGGCGGAGCGGAACGCAAAAGUGUUGAGUUAAGCUAACUAGUAGCUUGUUAGCUUGUUAGCUGCCCAUGACAACAGUCGCCUUUCACAGCUGUUAGUGACAGUGUGGGCUCACAUUGUGUUCCUUUCACCACUAUUACCUUCAUCUAAACGAUUUAGUAUUUAUAUAACACACUUUAUAUUCACAGGAAUCAUAAAUGGGUAGCUAAUGUUAACUUAAACUGGGGUGCGCUAGUUAGCUCAUGUUAGUCAACCAGGCUAGCUGGUUAGUUUAUCAUAGUUAUUUUGUCUUUUAUUUAAAAGAUGAAGCUUGUGUGCUGUUUUGUAGACAUUCCGUCGAUUUAAAAAAGCACCGGGUAACUUGUAGUAGCUUCUGUGCAGCUUUGUGUUGAAUGGAUGAGUGUGUAGCAGCGGGAGUCGGUGCCCCGCCCACCAAAGCGCCAUACACAGUCUCUUUUAGCAGCAUUGAUGUAACCAACAUCAUUAUGUAAGGAGUCAAGCUGCUCAGCCGAGGGUCAGUGUCUGGCCUCAUGCUUCAGGUGAGGAGAAGAUCUGGUUGUGACUGACACCAUGGGAUUGCACUCCUCCCAGAAAAAGCACUUUCCUCUACGGGGGAUCGAUGGCGUUGUUCAGCUGUUUGACGCUGAGCUUCGCAAGCCCGAACCAGACUUGGCACUUCUUUCCCUGGUCCUGGGUUUCGUUGAGCACUUCCUGGCUGUGAACCGCGUCAUCCCCAUUAAUGUCCCGGGGGUACGGUUUGAACCACUGGAACCAGACUGUCCCACCUCCUGCUUCCCCACAGUGGAGCUGGGUAUGAUCUCUGCACUGUACGAACGCUUCACGGCGCAGAUCCGCGGUGCGGUGGACCUGUCCCAGUUCCGCAGGACUCCUGUAGGGUCCAGCAGAGAGCUGGUGAAAAAGGUGUCUGACGUGAUCUGGAACAGCCUCAGUCGCUCGUACUUCAAGGACCGGGCUCACAUCCAGUCCCUCUUCAGUCUCAUCACAGGUACCAAACUGGACAGUUCUGGGGUGGCAUUCGCGGUGGUGGCAGCCUGCCAGGUCCUCGGCCUGAAGGACGUCCACCUGGCACUGUCCGAGGACCACGCAUGGGUGAUUUUCGGCAAAAACGGUGAAGAAACCGCCGAAGUCACCUGGCACGGAAAGGGUAACGAAGACCGACGGGGGCAGACAGUCACGACAGGAGUCAAUGAAAAAAGUUGGCUCUACCUGAAAGGCUCCUACAUGAAGUGCGACAGAAACAUGGAGGUGGCCUUCAUGGUUUGUGCCAUCAACCCAUCACUGGACCUGCACACUGACAGCUCCGAACUGCUGCAGCUGCAGCAGAAACUCCUAUGGACACUGUAUGAUCGAGGCGACCUGGACAGGUAUCCCAUGGCCAUGGGGACUCUGGCAGACCUGGAGGACCAGGACCCGAUCCCAGGCAAAGAGAACCCAAUGAAGAUCCACCUCAAGGCUGUGAGUUCUGCUCAGACGCAUUACAACAACGAGCACAUCUAUCCCUACAUGUACCUGGCCGGUUUCCACUACAGACACAGGAACGUGCAGGAGGCUCUGAAGUCCUGGGCCGAGGCAGCGCAGGUCAUGCAGGAAUAUAACUAUUUCCGGGAGGACGAGGAGAUUUAUAAAGAAUUCUUUGACAUUGCAAACGACGUUAUCCCCACCCUGCUGAAGGAGACGGUUGUUGCAGAUAGUCCUGGGGAGGGAGGAGAGGGAGGAGAAGGAGCAGAGAAGGAGCUCUCUAAACAGGCUGCUGUUUUCUCAGCACUCCACGACCCAGAAUGCUUUGCCCACCUGCUGCGUUUCUAUGACGGCAUCUGCAAAUGGGAGGAGGGCAGCCCCACGCCGGUCCUCCACGUGGGCUGGGCCACCUACCUGGUCCAGUCUCUGAGCCGCUUUGAAGCCCAGGUGCGGCAGAAGGUGUCCAUCAUCACCAAAGAGCCGGAGACGCAGGACGAUGACGACCAGUCCAGUGAUGACCCGCGGGAGGGCCGCAGACGAGGACCCAGGAGGGAGUCCAGGCUGGAGGAGCAGAACUCGUCCUCUCCUCCCGCUGCUCCCCCCACCUCCCCACCCACUCAGACAGCAGCAUCUGCUACUGCUGCUGCAUCCCAGCCCAAGAAGGUGGGCGAGGGAGGCGGGCGCCGCCGCUCCUCGCAGGGUCUCCGCGUCGGAGACGCAGAUGGAAAGCCCAAGUCCCCCAUGUCGGAUCCCGCGUCGUCCCCGUCGUCCCAGCAGCAGGAGUCCCCCUCCCCCGCCGGCCCCGUCGUGGUCUUUCAGAGCGAGAAGAUGAAAGGCAUGAAGGGGCUGCUGUGCGCGGCCAAGGUGAACUCCAGCGCCAUCAAGCUGCAGCUCACCGCGCAGUCACAGGUCCAGAUGAAGAGGCAGAAGAGCACGCCCGCCGGAGACUACUCCAUGUCCUUCAUGAAGCGGCAGCGCAAGUCACUGUAGGCCCCGGCGAUUUGUCGAGAAUCUGUACGAUAUAACUGUGAGGCUGCACGGACGCUUGAUUCAAGUGAUAGUUCAGGGGUUUUUUUUAAUAGUUGGUGCGGACACGAGGAAAUGCAGGUUUUGGCCACCUAUUUAAAACCUCCGCCUGUUUACAAUGUCAAUUACAAUAUUUUUGCUACUGGUCCUCGCUGUUACACAACCUUUCCCAACUGGAAACUGAAGUCUGUCACGUGUUUACGCUCUCACACCAAAGUCCAUCGAGAAAUUCAGCGUUUUAAGCUCACUGCUGCCUCUUUUGGUAAGUUUGUGUCAUUUAAUGUAAAUCUGAAUAAAUUAUUUCAAACACUGAAGCCUGAAAAUAACGUUGUUAAACCUACGAAUGGAGGCAGCAGUGGGUCAACAGCUCCUGUAAGACGUGAGGUAGAAUCUGUGAUUUUCUCUAUGGACUUUGGUUGGGGGGGGGGAGCGGUUUAGAGAGUGACACAAACGUUAGUUUCCUGUUGCUGUAAAGCUAUAAAACAUGUUUUUUUUAAAAAAUGUAUACUAAAACAGGAAGCAAACCUCAUUUCCUUGUGCCCCCCGGCAACCCCAAACUAUCCCUUCAACGUCGUUAUUUGUUUGUGAACCCUUAUUUUUUUUAUCAAUGUUUCCAGUGAAGCACCCUUGUAAGUUCCCCAGCAAUAUAUCGUGACAUGCACACACACGAUCUGCGCUUAAAUGUCACAAUUCACGAACUGAAGGACGAGAAUUCUUUUCACUGUUCUUUUAUUUAAGCAAUGAUCCCAUUUUCUGGCCGAUCCAUUGUAAACCCCCCCUCCCCCUUCCCCCCGGUCAUCAGUUUGUGUUUUAAUUGGCAGCCAAUUGUACACGGACUUUACACACGUAAACCUCUCGUCGACUUGUCUGUUUGGACGCUUGAAGCCAAAGUAACGAGGACGACCAGAACUCGCCGCGUAGAUGUGUAAAUAUCGACUCGUACCAGUAGGAACCUGUACAUGACUGAAGCCUUGGAAGUGAUUAAUUUUAGGAUAGUUACUGUGUAACAUUGUCCACCUCUGCUCUACAGACAGCUUCUUUCUUGCUAGCUCUAUGUUGCCUUACUUUUGCUUUUGUGUUUUUUUUUUUUUUUCUCCAAAGUAGAAGGUGGCCUUUUAGUUUUGAGACUAGCUGAGUUCGGCCCAAUUUUUUUUUUUCGACGAGUAGAGAAGACCAGGAAGACCAUGCACUGUUGACAACGAGCCACGUUAGGUGGACCUGCUACAUCCGAUUUGCUUGAGGACUUGUGGUUUUUGUUCUUGUUUUGUAAAUUCAAGUAAUAAAGACUUGAUGGAAGUAGAGCGCGA